AUGGCCUCUCAAACGACGACCAAGACAGGCACUCGAGAAGUCCCGACUCUCAAGCUCAGAGGGCACGAUACCAAGCAGGAGACACCCAACUGGCUUGUGGAACUCCACACAAAAGGAUGGACAGUUGUACCACAAACAAUACCUCGUGAAAGAGCUUUAAUAUAUGCUGAAAAGGCCUAUCGGUGGCUUGAGAGCUGGAAACUUGGAUUCGACCGGAAGAAUCCCAAUACUAGGAACGCCACCAAUCUUCCUUUUCACACGCGUGGUGGGCUAUAUAACAGCUACGGUAUUGGCCAUGAGCAAUUCGUCUGGGACUUAAAAUCGGAACCUGGGCUUAUAGAAAAAUUUGAGAAGAUUUGGGGAACUAGGGAAUUGCUCGUUUCCUAUGAUGGCAUGAACCUCUCCAUCCCCGAAAAAGAGCGCGAAAAGACAGAUCCCAUUUUUGCUCCUUGGGCACAUGUAGACCAGUCGCCUCUCAACGGCGAAUUCAAUUGUGUCCAGGGUAUACUAAACCUCCUUCCUAACGGGCCUCAAGAUGGAGGACUCACAGUGUUUGAGGGAUCUAGUGCUCUAUAUACUGAACUAUGGAAGCACUUUGAUCACAAGAAAGGAGAAACUGAUUGGAAUCCCCAGGCUUUUCAAUUUAUUGAUGAUGAAAUGUCUCAGUGGUUGGAGUCCAAGGGAUGUAAAUGGGUCAAAGUGUGUGCCCAGCCUGGUGAUUUAUUGUUGUGGGAUUCGAGAUGUAUUCAUUAUGGUGCGGUUCCUUCAUCUACGAACGAUCGUUUCGCCGCCUACAUCUGCUACAAACCCGCAUCUAAUGUAAGCGCAGAAGACAAAAAGCGGCGUCUCGAAGCCUUCAAAAAUGGGCAAAGCACUACCCAUGAUCCUGCCAGCUUUAGGGUCAUAGAGCGUCUUCCACCAGCAGAACAUCCAUCGUACGAGGCUGCUGCGGAGAGGUCAUAUUCAAAGCCCACACUAUCUAAGCGAGGCAAGGAAAUAGCUGGUCUUGACUCAUAUGAAGUGUGA